AUGACGACGAAAUCCACCUCACAAGAAACCCUUUCACUGGGAAAAAAGCUAUUCGAUGAAGGCUAUGGCAGUUUAUCUACCUUAAAUAACGCCAUGCAGGUCAUGGAAAACGUCCAAGUAUCAGAGGAAUCAAUCUCAAGAGCUUUAGCCAUGCUUAUUAGAUCGCAUGCUAAACUUCAAGGAAGCGCAGAAGGACACACUUGGAACAUUGAAAACUUUGUAAAAGCAGCUUUAAACAAGAAUCCUAAUUUAAAUUGGGUAGCUGUAUUGGCAAAACUAGAUCAAGUGGAAUUUAUGCUGUAUGAUCCCAUGGGGUUGAAAAUACUUGUUUUAUCUUGGAAAUAUGCACACAAGGACGAGCCCUUUCCUGUUGGCAUUUUUCUUCAACCAUGGAUGCAUGUUCGAGGUCAACUCAGCGUUUUAUAUCAUAUGGUCUACGCUUCACCCGAGUUAUUGGAUAUGAAUCAAACGCCCACCAAAAAAGUGAUUCCAAAAGAGUUAAUUCCUAUUCUACCUAUCAGUAUGCGUCAGGCAGCCACGCAACUGGCUUCACAACAGCUGAACUGUUUGGGGCUAUUAGAGGCCAUCAUGGAUUUAGCUGGAACCGUGGCCUCAGAGGAUGUCAAAGUGCUAAUGGAUAGAUUAGCUAUUCAAGCGCCCGAGUUACUGAUGAUUGGCUUGGCACAGAUACAGCCCAUUAAGAAUGAAUUACAUCGCACACUUUUACCCAAACUUCUCAACAUCUUUCUCAUCGGCCAUGUCAACUCACCACUUGUGAUUCGAUUACUCUGGCAUGUUCAACCCAAUCUAUUGCUGGAAGGUUUCUUUGAGAUGUACAAAAAGGAUCCAACAUCUGUUUCUCGUAUUUUAGACAUUGCACAAGAAGCAAAGAUUGUAGUUCAUAUCUUAAAGACGGAUGUUCCCUUUUUUACACUGGAUUUGGCCUCACUGGCUGCUCGCCGACAAAAUUUGAAUUUGGAAAAAUGGUUAAUGGAGAGAUUGGCAAAGGAUGGUUUCGCCUUUUUCGGCGAAUGUGUGAAUUUCUUGGAAAAGAAGUGUGCUAUAGAGAUGGCUCGACAAUCAGGCGCUAAUGUGAUUCCAACCCUGCAGCUAUCCAUGGAAGUGAUUCGCAUCUUCUUUCGCAUCCUGUCUGAGAGACCUUUACCUCCUGCCGAGACAGCCAAACUCACGAAAUUGAGUCAAUUGUACACUCAACUUUACCCUCAAUUGAACGACAAUCGAGGCCAAAUGGAAAAGAAGCCGGCUGGUUUGAGUGUAGGAGAGCCUGCAGAAAACGAGCGAAAUUACUCAGACGAAGUGGAGGAGAUGGUGCGCUUGUAUUUCGAGAGACUGUACACCAAAGAUAUCAGUGCUAGUCGAUUUGCCUCGGUGUUGAACGCAUGCCGUUCCUCAAAAGAUCAAAGGCAGGCCAACUUCUUUUCUUGUACUACUCACACUUUGCUUGAUGAGGCUCGCUUCUUUAGUCAAUAUCCCGAGAAUGAAUUGAUGGCAACUGGUGAAUUGCUGGGUCUUUUGAUCAAUCAACGUCUCAUCAUGUACGCUCAGCUACGCAUGACACUCAAGCUCAUCCUGGAUGCUCUCAAGUACCCUGUUGGAUCCAAAAUGUUCAAUUUUGGUAUCCAAGCGUUGGCUCAAUUCCGUGGUCGAUUGCAUGAAUGGCCUCAGUACACUCUUUUGCUGUCUAAAAUUGAGGGUUUGCGUGGAUUCCCUACCAUUGUGGAAAGUAUUGCAAUGACAUUGAAACAAUUGGCACAAAAAGACCCUGAAGGAAAGAUGAUGGGACUCGACACAUCGCCUUCUUCAUCGUCCUCGCCUAAAAUGUCAACUCCCACCAUGUCCAAUGCCAAUGCUCCUGCUUCAGCUACUGGAACCGGAGGAGGAGGAGGAGAUACGACAGCUGAACGAUCUGCCGAUGCUGCGCUCAAUGUCGCCAUCUUGUUGCAGAGCACCUCCAAGCAAUCGUACCAAGAUCCGCCUGAUAAGGUUCAGGAACGAGUGUCUUUUCUGAUUAACAACUUGUCUGCUACCAAUAUGCGAAGCAAGACUGUGGAACUGAAGCAGCUGCUACAUAAAUCAACGUGGGGAUGGUUCAGCCAUUACUUGGUGGUGCGUCGUGUCAGUAUCGAGCCCAAUAACCACGAACUGUACGCUGCUCUUUUGGACGAACUCGAAAUGCAGCAUCUAACAGACACCGUCAUUGAAGAGACCUACCUCAACAUUCACCUACUGUUGCGAUCGGACAACAUUGUCAAGUCUUCUUCUGACAGAAACUUACUCAAGAAUCUGGGCACUUGGUUGGGUCGAUUGACCAUUGCAAAGAACAAGCCUAUUCGUCAUAAAGAUCUCUCAUUCAAGGAUCUGCUCGUGAGCGCCUACGAAAAGAACCAGCUUGUAGUUGCUAUUCCAUUGACAUGCAAGGUGUUGCAACACGCAGUCCAUAGCAAAAUUUUCAAGCCUCCAAACCCUUGGUUGAUGGGCAGUUUAAAGGUGCUUGCUGAACUGUACUGGACGGAAGGCCUCAAAUUGAACCUCAAGUUUGAAAUUGAAAUCUUGUACAAGACAUUGAACCUGGACUUGAAUGAGAUUGAGCCUACUUCUUUGAUGGGCAAGAACGGACCUCCCGGCAUCUCUGUUGCUGCUGCUGACAAGGCUGCCAGUGUCGCCAAUUCCCCUGCUACGUCUCAAAAAUCGAUCCAUGAUACUUCCAACAAGACGGCUGUGGAAGAAGCGCCUUUGCAACCACCACCUAUGGGCAUGCCCAGCUCACUGACCAGUCCUGCUAUUGCUGCUCAAGAGGUGCGUCAAGAUAUCGAUAUCACGCCUGUGUUGGCCAAGCUUCAAAUCAACCCUGCCAUCGGUCAACUAAUGAACCAACAUCCUGUCAUUAAAGCGACCAUCUUUGCUGGUGUUUCUGAAGCUUUCUCUGAAGUAGUGCCCCCCAUCAUUACCACCUCUGCCAACAUUGCUGCCAUGUCUACCAAGGAGCUCAUCUUGAAGGACUUUGCUACUGAGCCAGAUGAAAGCCGCUUGCAGCGUGCUGCUCAUGCCAUGGCGCAACCUUUGGCUUGUAGCCUAUCUGUUGUCACUUGCAAGGAACCUCUAUGUACUGGUAUCAUUACUGUUAUUUGUGCCAAUUUGGCUCAGAAUGGACUUCCCGAGCAACUCGCUGAAGAGAUUGCUUCUACUAUUGCCAAUGAAAACAUAGAAGUGCUCUGUAUGUAUAUUGAUCAAUUGACCAAGAUCAAGGCGUUGGAGGACGUGGACCGCGCUUUAGCACCUGCUUAUGCCAGUCGUUUAGCGUAUCGCAAGCAGCAACAACAACAGCAAGGCAACGGUGAACAAUUUUUUGAUGUCUUGAGUUUGAAGGGUGCUCCUCACUCUGUUCAAUUGCCUGAGCCUUUGCGUCCUAGUAAUGGUAUUAGCCCUGAGCAAUUCCGAUUGUAUGAGAGCUUUGAUCAACGCUCCUUCCUCGCUGUUCAGCAACAACAACACCAUCAACAGCAACUCCAACAGCAAUUGUCGCCUGCUCAUUUCCACCCUGAAGCAAUCAAUCAUCAUUUGCCUCCUCAUCAGCUACCUCCUCAGCAAGCCUUCAUGGGCAGCGAAUCACCUAGCCCUGCUCUUGCUAGCAACUCGAAUCUCUUGAACGCUAAAUUAGAGCAAAUGCUGCUGGAAUUGGACCGUUUGAUUCGUCAAUCAGGCAUCCAUGCGAUUUCUCAACUACCACCCAAUCACGACAUUUGUCUAUUGAUCCGUCAAAUACCUUUGCUCGUUUCUCAAAGCCCCUCUCCUUUGCAGACCAUGAUUACCUUUGUGGAAAAGGUGGUGCUCAUGCUGUAUCAAAGCACAACUGCAUUUGCAUUGGAGGUGUACACCAUGUUCUUGCAGUCUUUGUUUGAGAUCUCUGGUGAAGUGACCAAGGAGACGCUGUCGUGGUUGAUCUACGCCGAUGAUGAGCGCAAGUACAAUGCACCUGCUGUGUCCAUGCUGAUUCGUUAUGAGCUCUUGCCCUUGGAGGAAUACGACGUACAGCUCGCUAAACUGAUCAACAUCAAGGCGGACAGCGUGAUUGAGUUUGCUGCCAACUUGAUGCGCAUCUGUCUGCUGUCUCAAAGCCCCAUUACCUUCCUGGAGGACCACAUCCUGACCGUGUCCUCUCUGUACAAGCUGGUUCAAAACGACGAGGCUCCUGCUGCCGUUGUCUCUCUGAUCAAUGAUCUCAAGAAGCUGAUUGAAGAGCCCUAUAAGGAGAUCAAGCAAGACAUGGAUUGUCUUGAAUUGCGCAUGCUCUUGGCUGAAUGGAUCCGUUUAUGUCAGCACCCCAUGGCGACAGACGACAUCUUCCGUUCUUUGGCUCAGCGUGUGAUGGAUAUCACCAAGGAUGAAGACUGCCGUUGUUUCUUCUUUAGACUCUGCACCGAAACCUGUGUCAACCAUUAUCUAGCCUUCCGCUCUGUCAGUUCGCUGCAUCAUCGUCGCAUGGUGCAUCUGAUUGACUCCUUUACCAAGCUGGUCUCUACCAUGGUGAUUGAAGAAAAGACGUCUGACAAGGCCAAGGUCAAGCUGUUGAACGACGCUCUGUCUGUCAUGAUUCUCGUAUUAUCGCAUCACCAUCAAAACAGAGGCGUCGAGUUCAAUCAAAAGCCCUUCUUGAGACUGUUUGCCUCUCUCUUUAAUGAAAUCAGCAAGAUCCGUACCAAAUCCAUCGACGCCAGCGCUCUCAUCACGUUCAGUGAUGCCUUGUACACGCUGCAACCCAGCAAUUUCCCUGGGUUUGCCUUCUCAUGGCUUCAGUUGAUCUCUUGUCGCUCCUUCCUGCCUCAAUUGUUGGUGGCCAAUGACAGCAAUGGUGCUAUGCUGUGCCAAAAACUCAUCACUGCCUUGCUCAAGUUCUUAGGCCCUCUCUUGAAGCUGCAAGAGCUUCCUCAUGCGACUAAAAUGUUCUACCGUGGUACUUUGCGUGUCCUAGUUGUCUUGCUGCACGAUUUCCCCGAGUUCCUGUGUAGCAAUUACAUUAUCUUUGCUCAGGCCAUUCCUCAUUCAUGCGUGCAACUUCGCAACUUGAUUCUCAGUGCGUUCCCUCGUGUCAUGCAUUUGCCUGAUCCCUUCACGCCUGAUCUCAAGCUGGAAUUGAUUCCUGAAUCAGCAGAGGAUCCUGUGUUUGAUCAAAGCUAUGCUGACAUUCUAAAUGAGAACGGGUUCAAGGCUAAGAUUGAUGCAUUUGUUGAAAACAAGGACGCUGCUUUCUUCCAGGUCUUGGAUAGUCAAAUCAACGCUGCAGCCGCUACCGAGCAUGAGGUCGACAGCCACAAUGCAGAUAUGCUCUGUGCUUUCGUCUUGUAUAUUGGAACCAAAUGUGCCCCAUGGAAGGAUGUCGCUAUUGCAGAAGCGCCUGCCGUCAUAGCCUACGAUCAUUUGCUCUCCACUUUGGAAUCAGAAGGUCGCUACACUUUGUUGAGUGCCAUUGCAGAUCACUUGCGUUAUCCCAACAGCCAUACUUGCUUCUUUAGUGCUGCAUUCCUUCAUCUGUUCUCCCGUCAAUCUGAGGCUGUCAAAGAGCAAGUAACUAGAGUGCUCUUGGAGCGUUUAAUUGUGAACAGACCUCAUCCUUGGGGAUUGCUGGCCUCGUUCAUUGAACUUAUCAAGGAUCCCAAAUUUUGGGAUCAUGAGUUUAUUCGUUGUUCUCCCGAUAUUGAAAGAUUGUUUGAUAAUGUAUCCAGAUCCAUCAAGCAUACAGCUGUAGUCAAUGCUUAG